GGGGUCCAGCGCCCUCGGAAGCUCCGGGCUCCAGAAACCACAUGGCACCCACUUUCUACCACUACCCGCAGGUGCCCAUGGACGAGAAAUGGCAGGAGCAGGGCCGGGGCCUGCGCCCGCGGUGCCUGGUGGCCGCGGCCUUGGUGGUCCUCUUCCAGGCGGCCUUGGUCACCCUGCUGAUCUACUUCGCCGUCAGGGCGAACAGCGAGGCCUGCAGGGACGGGCUGCGGGCGCAGGAUGAGUGCCGCAACACCACGCACCUGCUGCAGCGCCAGCUCACCCGCGCCCAGGACGGCCUGCUGCAGGCGGAGACGCAGGCAAACACCUGCAACCGCACCGUGGUGACCCUUCAGGAUUCCCUGGAGAAGCAUGUGUCUCAGGUCCGGGAGCAGCAGGCCCGCAUCCAGGAGCUUGAGAGCAAGGUCGUGACGUUGAACCAGGAGCUGGAGAAGCUGAGGACCGCCGAGGAAGCUUCUAGAACAUCGCAGAAGAACUCUGCCAGCUCCGUGGUGGUCUCCAGCCUACUGAUGCUCGCAGUGCUGCUGACCCUGCUCUUUUGAGGAUCCAAUAUUU